AUUACAAUUGUUCUAAAUACUCGAUUAUAGGACGUUCUACUAAGAAAUUAGCAAUCCUUUUUGUAUUCGGGAAGGCAAUAAAUGGGUUUUUGAUUCCGCGUCCUGAGGGCUUUCGAGUUAAGGAGACCAGUACAGUCUUGUUUUCAGUCUCUGCCGAGAAAAUAAUACCAUGCCGUCUUCCGGUGUUUCAGCCUUGGAUUCAGAAGAAGAAGGCAGGUCGAAUGUGGGUAAAACAAAGGAGAACCCCAGCUUCUUUGAUAUAUAUGGAACCGAUGCCAAAGCUGAGAUUCUUUUCAAAACUCCCGAGUCUAAUUCAACUUUAAGUCUGCAAGAUGUUCAAGGGCUUGUAACUUGGGUGCUUGCUGAAGGUUUCAUGCCAUCAUGGGUUUUCAUUAAGAAUAAACCCCUGAUCCCCAAAGUGGUUAUGGUUUAUCUCCCUGGCCUGGAUGCUGCUCUGUACAUGUCACAGACCAAGAUACUUCCUACGUUUAAAAAAUUAUGCGGCAAUCCGAGGGCAGUUUUAGCUCUUAGCUGUAUAUCAGAUAGAAUGCAAACAAUUGAUGCACUUUUGACAUGUAAGGUGAAGAGAAAGAGGGAUGCAAAUAGUGUAGACUUAAAGAAUAAUUUGACGUCUGAACAAGAAAGAUUUGGCCCUGAAAAAGAAACACCGAUAUCUAUCAAACUCCCGAAGGAGUUACCUUUCCCUGUUACAUAUUAUACGCUAACUGCAAAAGAACUGGAAGACAAUGGCUAUCCUUUCAAUCAACCAGGUUUUAUACAUACACUUCCUGCUCCUAUUGGAUCUUCACCUUAUGAAAUGUUGGCGCUUGACUGUGAAAUGUGUGUGACCUGUGAAGGGUUUGAGCUCACAAGAAUAACCCUGGUGGAUAUGGAAGGACAGGUUGUCCUUGACAAAUUGGUAAAACCAUCAAAUGCAAUUGUUGAUUACAAUACGAGGUUUAGUGGAAUUACAUUUGAGAUGUUAAGUCAGGUGACCACUAGUCUGGAAGAUGUUCAGAAAGUUUUUUUGAAUCUAGUUCACAAGGAGACCGUUCUAAUUGGUCAUUCACUGGAGAAUGACCUGAUGGCAUUAAAGAUCUCUCAUGAUCUGGUGAUUGAUACUGCAGUACUGUAUAAGCAUCCCCGUGGCGGCUCUCAUAAAUCUGCCCUUCGAAUCCUUACCAAAAAAUUUCUUUCCAGGGAGAUACAACAAUCUGGCAAUGGCCAUGAUAGUAUUGAAGAUGCAAGAGCUACUAUGGAACUUGCACUUCUUAAAAUUAAACAUGGACCCGAGUUUGGUUCACCUCCAUCAUUAAUCAGGAAAAAACUACUUACUAUACUUGGUGAGAAUGGAAAGACGUCUUCUUUCAUCGAUGAUGUUUCAACAGUGAAGCGAUAUUCCUCAGAAUCAUCGCAUGCAUUUCCUGUAACUUCUGAUGAUGAAGCUCUUUCCAGGGCGAAAAAAGAGGUAAUGAAUGAAAGAGUACACUUCAUAUGGACACAAUUUUCGGAAUUGAAUUCUUACCAUAAGAAGCAAGUAGAUGAUGAAGAAAGAUUGAAUGUCAAGCUUGCAGAGUUAUUGUCAUUACUUACAUGUGAUUCAAAAUCUGUAAACAAGAAAAGGAACAGCCGCAAAAUCUCUGUUGAACUACGGGAAAUUUUGAGCCGCAUGGAUUCCAGAAUCAAGGACCUUUAUACCUCGUUACCUACUAAUGCUAUGCUUAUUGUUUGCACUGGUCACGGUGACAUAGCACUUGUACAGAGAUUGAGGAAAAUGCUAAAGGAGCAAAGUGAAACAAUGAUAUCCCGUGAGAAGAUUGUCAAAAUCUUGGAAGACCUCCAUGCCCAAGCUGAAGUAGCUCUCUGUUUUGCUUCUAUAAAGCAUUCAUCAGUACUCUAAUUCUUCUAUCUCUUUGUAAUAUAUUGUUUCCUUCCAUUUGUCAUUCAUCCAUAAUUAUCAUGAUUGGAAUUUGAAUGAGUGAUUAUAGGCAAUCACUAUUUGUGUCAAUUAUCUAUUUAUAAACCAUUAAUUUCACAUG